AUGUGCGACUUCACCAAAAACUACUACAUAUAUACCUCGUGCCUCGACCCUGGCGCACAUUUUUUCAGGACCUCGGUAGACGGCAGCCACAAGCACGCAUGUCCCAAGGGACCUCACGAGAGAUACAUUAUGCUCCCUGGCCAUUGCCCUCUUGUCACGGGGGUUCCCUGCUUCGUUAUGGGAGGUGGCAAAGCAACAAACAAAAGCCAGCUUAACAAGGCAUCGGAGGUGGAUUUGGCACACGACAGUAUCGAGGAGGGAGCCAGAACGAAAGAAGAAGAGUUACGCAAAGGCUACCAGGAGAUGACGAAUUCUCCCCGAAACGACACGAAUUAA